UUUAAUUUACUUUGUCGAUGCACAUGUAGAAUGUGUUUGUAUACAGGAGCGUUUGCGCUGCUCAUUUUUGUGCGCCGCCUUUCCGGUAGACGCUUGCGUUAAUAUGUAACACCACUAAAGUGCGUUCAUCCCCGUGUCUCCUCUCGAUUAUCUGGAAAGUUCUCUGCCCUUUUAUAAGCGGUUGUCAUACACCAGUUUGCUAGAAACGUGAGCCAGAAGUGAUCGCACCCUUUACCCUAUACUGAUACGAGCUUGGCUGGUGCAUAACGGUGGCAUAGGCUUUCUGCUCCUGACUGAAAGCAGCAACGUGCAUUUUAUUUACAAUAACGUCCACAAGAAAGUUGAGUUAGUGUGGAGCUUUUCUACGUCUGCUAGUUCGUUAGUGUUGUCGUUAGUUGUCAACUCCUGUGCGUAGCGUGGUUUGAGUAGAAAUUAGCUUUAGCUACCGUCACCACAAUCCAGUGUCCGUCAGUGUGGAUUGUGCUGCAAGCCAGAGUAGGGAGAAGGGGAAAUCGGCCUCAUGACAAUGACUGCAGAGGAGCAGACUAGCGAAGGACAACACACCAUCCCGAUGGAGGGCGAGGACCUCACACCAAAGAAAGACGGGGGUGUCUUAAAGCUGGUCAAAAGGGAAGGCACAGGCACAGAGUUGCCCAUGACCGGCGACAAGGUGUUUGUGCAUUAUGUGGGGACACUUUUGGAUGGGACACAGUUUGACUCGAGCAGAGACCGGGGGGACAGGUUUUCAUUUGAGCUGGGAAAAGGACAAGUGAUAAAGGCGUGGGACGUUGGCGUGGCCACGAUGAAAGUGGGGGAGCUGUGCCAGCUCAUCUGCAAACCAGAGUACGCUUACGGAUCUGCAGGCAGCCCACCCAAGAUACCUCCAAACGCCACCCUUAUUUUUGAGGUGGAGCUCUUUGAUUUUCGAGGUGAGGACAUAACUGAGGAGGAGGACGGAGGAAUUAUCAGACGUAUAAUCACCAAGGGACAAGGAUACUCCAAGCCUAAUGAAGGAGCCUCUGUGGACGUGACUGUGGAGGGUAGCUUGGAUGGACGCGUAUUUGAUGAAAGAGAACUGAAGUUUGAGGUUGGGGAUGGAGAAGGUCUCGGCUUGCCGGCUGGAGUGGAGAAGGCCAUCAUGGCUAUGGAACAAGGAGAGGAGGCGCUUUUCACCAUUAAACCCAAGUAUGACCAUGCUGAUUUGAUAUCUUUAUAUGGGUUUGGGAAUGCAGGAAAUGAAAAGCAUAACAUUCCUGGUGGUGCAACACUGCAGUACAAGAUCAAGCUGGCAGCUUUUGAGAAGGCUAAGGAAUCGUGGGAAAUGAACUCGCAAGAAAAGCUGGAGCAAAGCAGUAUUGUCAAAGAGAAGGGGACGCAGUAUUUUAAGGAGGGAAAAUACAAACAGGCAUCGGUGCAGUACAAAAGGAUCGUUUCCUGGCUGGAACAUGAGGCUGGUUUAUCAGAAGAGGAUACAAAGAAAGCAAAAGCUUUGCAGCUGGCUGCACAUUUGAAUUUGGCCAUGUGCUGUCUGAAGCUGCAGGAGCCAAACCAAGCCCUAGAAAACUGUGACAAGGCUAUGGAAAUGGAUUCCACCAAUGAGAAGGCUCUGUUCCGAAGGGGAGAGGCACUGUUCUGUAUGAAGGAGUUUGACAGAGCAAGAGAUGAUUUCCAGCGAGUUGUUCAGCUGUAUCCUGCCAACAAGGCUGCCAAGAGUCAGGUGGUGCUCUGCCAGAAACGAAUGAAGGAGCAGCAUGAGAAGGACAAACGCAUCUACGCCAACAUGUUCCAGAAGUUUGCGGAAAGAGACUCAAAGAAAGAAGUGGUGACCUCAAAGACGGAGAGCAAGGAGAAUGGCGAGGACGAAAUGGAUGUUGAAAAGGAUGCUUUGGGUGACGCGAAGGCAUAGAUGAUCUGACUGUCGUGGUUCAACUGUACUUAAACCUUUGUAACUGGCCAUUUGUGUUAAUGGUGUGAUGUGUGUAUGUUAGAAUGAGUGUCACUGAGAACACUGACCCUGGAAACGCCUCUGCAGGCUUUUUGGUGUGGCAGCUAGCUGAGUGAGUGGGGCUUCCUCAGCUGAUGGCACUGUAGGAUGUGGAUAGAAGAAACUAGGUGUGUUCCACAACCCCCUUGCUAUGAACCUUUCAGCCCACAGCUUUUAACUGUGUAUGUGACCUAAAAGAAAACCUGGGUAGAAACAAAAGUGUACCCCACGUUAUAAGUGCAGAAUUUCAAAACCCUCACCCUCGAAGGGCUCAACCGUUUACUUUGCACUACCUUCUGCCCUACAAGCCUCCACAUUUUUGGUGUCCAGCCAAGCCUUGUUUCGGGCCUACAGAUCAAUUCCUGCGUGUGUGAUGGCUGUGUCCAAACAUCUGAAUUCUGAGUGCUAGCGCCUGUGUCCCAAAGUAUGUAGCAGCACUGUGAAUACGUGGGCUAGUAAGACUUCAUCCUGGAAGAGCUGUCAAACUUCAAGCUUUUUCUCUUUUCUCAGCCUAAAGACAUAAAGCUCCUUUAAGACCUCUCUAGGGUACAGGACUGUUCACAUUUUGUUUUUUGAAAAUAUUGACUUUGUACUUUCUGGUUUCUUUCUCAGUGUUGUGCUUGUUAUUUCUUCUGAAUCGUACUCAAAGUGAUAUUGAGAAAGACAGCUGAUUUAUCAACUGGAAUACAUGCAUUUAUAAGCAGCUACAGUAGAAAGAACAUUUGUUAGCUUCUGGAUUCCACUGAAAUGGUUACUUUUGGGUCUUAUUUACUGUUUAAAAAAAAAAAAAAAAGUAUGAAUGUGUGCAUAUACAGCUUGUUAUUUUCGCUGAAGACCAUGCACCAAAAGAAGCAAAUUAGUCAGCAGAGCUUACGGUGACAAAAGCUAAAUUAGAGGAUCUAACACAUUGCUCAUGGAGUAAGUCACUGCUUGAUGUAUCCUUGACAGGAUAUAAUAAACAGUAACUACAAACUACACAGUGUUUAUGCGUAUUAUUCUUAGUUUUGUUUUUUUAAAGUCUGUCCCACAGUUUUAUUUUUCUUUUCUUCAUAACCUGUGGCACUGGUGUAGAUUCAAGGAAUAGGGAACUUACCAACAGCCAGUUGACAUAUGACUUAACUGUGUUUGUUAAGCCAUGUGAAUUUUACAAAUGUAUGCAAAUAAAGAGAAAUGCAUUUUAUUUUAUUAAAGAUUCAUCACUUAGGGUUCUCGGGCUUAACCAUAAAGAACUACACUAUUGCUUAUUACAUUUGGAAAUGUUUAUUAUGUUUCGUUUAAUAAAGACUUGUCUUGU